UGCUGCAGACAGGAGCGCUCACUGAGCGGCCGCUCGGUGCGUCCGGUGCCCCGCACGCCCGCACCCGGCGCAGCCCGCUCUGAGCAUGGGCGCGGCGGCUGUGCGCUGGCACUUGUGCGUGCUACUCGCUCUGGGAGCGCGCGGACGGCUGGUGGGGGGCAGCGGGCUCCCAGGAGCCGUGGACGUGGAUGAGUGCUCAGAGGGCACAGAUGACUGCCACAUAGAUGCCAUCUGCCAGAACACACCCAAGUCUUACAAAUGUCUCUGCAAGCCUGGCUACAAGGGGGAAGGGAGGCAGUGUGAAGACAUCGACGAGUGUGAGAACGAUUACUACAACGGAGGCUGUGUCCAUGACUGCAUCAACAUCCCCGGGAACUACAGGUGCACCUGCUUUGAUGGCUUCAUGCUGGCUCACGACGGACACAACUGCCUGGAUGUGGAUGAAUGUCAAGACAACAAUGGCGGCUGCCAGCAGAUCUGCGUCAAUGCCAUGGGCAGCUAUGAGUGUCAGUGCCACAGUGGCUUCUUUCUCAGUGAUAACCAACACACCUGCAUACACCGCUCCAAUGAGGGGAUGAACUGCAUGAACAAAGACCAUGGCUGUGCCCACAUCUGCCGGGAGACGCCCAAAGGUGGGGUAGCCUGUGACUGCAGGCCCGGCUUUGACCUUGCCCAAAACCAGAAGGACUGCACACUAACCUGUAACUAUGGAAACGGAGGCUGUCAACACAGCUGCGAGGACACAGACACAGGCCCCAUGUGUGGCUGCCACCAGAAGUACGCACUACAUGCGGAUGGUCGGACAUGCAUUGAGAAGGAUGAGGCUGCAAUUGAGCGCUCUCAGUUCAAUGCCACGUCAGUAGCUGAUGUGGACAAGCGGGUGAAACGGCGGCUCCUCAUGGAGACAUGUGCAGUGAACAACGGAGGCUGUGACCGGACGUGCAAGGACACUGCCACCGGUGUGCGGUGCAGCUGCCCAGUCGGAUUCACGCUGCAGCCGGAUGGGAAGACAUGCAAAGACAUCAACGAGUGCUUGAUGAACAACGGAGGCUGCGACCACUUCUGCCGAAACACCGUGGGCAGCUUUGAGUGCGGCUGCCAGAAGGGCCACAAGCUGCUGACAGACGAGCGGACGUGCCAAGACAUUGACGAGUGUUCCUUUGAGCGGACCUGUGACCACAUCUGCAUCAAUUCGCCUGGCAGCUUCCAGUGCCUGUGCCACCGUGGCUACAUACUCUACGGGACAACCCACUGCGGAGACAUGGAUGAGUGCAGCGUGAACAACGGCAGCUGCGAGCAGGGCUGUGUCAACACCAGGGGCAGCUACGAGUGUGUCUGCCCACCGGGAAGGAGGCUGCACUGGAACCGGAAGGACUGUGUGGAGACGAGUGGAUGCCUGUCUCGGUCCAAGGCCUCUGCCCAGGCGCAGCUGUCCUGCGGCAAGGUGGGUGGCGUGGAGAACUGCUUCCUGUCCUGCCUGGGCCACAGUCUCUUCAUGCCAGACUCAGAAACCAGCUACAUCCUGAGCUGUGGUGUCCCAGGUCUCCAGGGCAAGGCGCUGCCGAAACGCAACGGCACCAGCUCCAGUGCAGGGCCCAGCUGCUCAGAUGCCCCCACCACCCCCAUCAGGCAGAAGGCCCGCUUCAAGAUCAGAGAUGCCAAGUGCCAUCUCCGGCCCCGCAGCCAGGAGCGAGCCAAGGAUACCCUGAGGCACCCCCUUCUGGACAACUGCCACGUGACUUUUGUGACCCUCAAGUGUGACUCCUCCAAGAAGAGGCGCCGAGGCCGCAAGUCCCCAUCCAAGGAGGUGUCCCAUAUCACGGCAGAGUUUGAAGUAGAGAUGAAGAUGGACGAGGCCUCAGACACCUGUGAAGCAGACUGCAUGAGGAAACGGACCGAGCAGAGCCUGCAGGCCGCCAUCAAAACUCUGCGGAAGUCCAUCAGCCGCCACCAGUUCUAUAUCCAGGUCUCGGGCACUGAGUACGAAGUGGCCCAGCGGCCAGCCAAGACGCUGGAGGGGCCAGGGACAUGUGGCGCAGGCCAAACACUACAAGAUGGCAAGUGUGUGUCCUGUGCACCUGGAACCUACUUCAGCGGUGAGCUGGGCCAGUGUGUGCCAUGCGUGGCGGGAACCUACCAGGACAUGGAGGGCCAGCUCAGCUGCACGCCAUGUCCCAGCAGUGAAGGGCUGGGCCUGGCUGGUGCCCGCAAUGUAUCCGAAUGUGGAGGCCAGUGCUCUCCAGGCUACUACUCAGUGGAUGGUUUCAAGCCCUGCCAGGUCUGCCCUGUGGGCACAUACCAGCCUGAGCCUGGGCGUACCGGCUGCUUCCCCUGUGGAGGAGGGCUUCUCACCAAGCACACGGGGACUGCCUCCUUCCAGGACUGUGAGGCCAAAGUGCACUGUUCCCCCGGCCACUACUAUAAUACCACCACCCACCGGUGCAUCCGCUGUCCUGUGGGCACCUAUCAGCCCGAGUUUGGCCAGAACCACUGUAUCACCUGUCCGGGCAACACCAGCACUGAUUUUGAUGGGUCCACCAACGUCACCCACUGCAAAAACCAGCACUGUGGUGGCGAGCUUGGUGACUACACAGGCUAUAUCGAGUCCCCCAACUACCCUGGAGACUACCCAGCCAAUGCCGAGUGUGUGUGGCACAUCGCGCCUCCCCCCAAGCGCAGGAUCCUCAUCGUGGUCCCCGAGAUCUUCCUACCCAUCGAGGAUGAAUGUGGCGAUGUCCUGGUCAUGAGGAAGAGUGCCUCUCCCACGUCGGUCACCACCUAUGAGACCUGCCAGACCUAUGAGCGGCCCAUCGCCUUUACUUCCCGCUCCCGCAAACUCUGGAUCCAGUUCAAAUCCAACGAAGCCAACAGCGGCAAAGGCUUUCAAGUGCCCUAUGUCACCUAUGAUGAGGACUACCAGCAGCUAAUAGAAGACAUCGUACGUGAUGGGCGCUUGUACGCCUCGGAGAACCAUCAGGAGAUUCUGAAAGACAAGAAGCUGAUCAAGGCCCUCUUCGACGUAUUGGCACACCCACAAAACUACUUCAAAUACACAGCCCAGGAAUCCAAAGAGAUGUUCCCUCGGUCCUUCAUCAAACUGCUACGUUCCAAAGUGUCUCGGUUCCUGCGGCCCUACAAAUAGCCAGCCAGCUGUCCUGCUUGGGGAUAGUGGGAACCAAGGAGGAGGGGAGUGUGCCUUCCCUCUACUGCAGGAGCUGGAAGGAGGCUCUGCGGGCCUCCAGGUUGCCUUGGGAAACCCAUGACACCUGCCUCUGGCAAAGCCAUCCAGCCUGUACCAGUCCGUGGGAGGCCUAAACCCAGCCCAGACCCCUCGGGUGGGUCUGCCACUCCUACAUGGAAACACAGCUUCACGAAGCCUUCACCUACCCUUUGCCUCUAUUUCCCAGGACACCUAGAGCCUUCUCUCCUGAACCGCCCCAGUGGGCCUACCUGGGCCAGGACACGCUGUCCCCACCAUGUGGGGAACAGGACUACUGUGCCCUUAGCCUGAUGAGAGAGAGGAAUGUGGCCAACUCCCUGCAGGCUCUGGAAAGUCUGGGCCAUUUGUCACCCACACAGGGCCCGGCCGGGCCAGGAGGAGUGUGUGGAGGUACUAUCUAGGAGGUGUUGAUAAGCGGGUGCCAGCCUGUCAACUCACCACACCCUGCCAACUCCUCCAGUCAUUGACACAGGACACCAAGCCAGGUCAUGGGGCUCAGGGGACUCUGUGAGAGAUGGAAAGGUCCUCCAGGAGAGGAAUCCAUGGGCUUAUGCUUCGCCUUAAUAGAACAUCUAAUGAAGUUCUAUUUAUAUAUAUAUAUAUAUAAAUAUUAAAUAUAUACACGUCUCUGUGUGGGCGGGUACUUUAGAAGUGUUCUCCAGCAGCUGUAAUAGUAACCACUGUUGCUAUUUAAUCACUGGCCUCCCCCAGUGAUUAAGCACCCCCCCAGCACUAGCCACCUCUGUGUGGGGGAGGCCAAGUGGCCCCCUCCCUCUGGCCUGGGGAGAACACAGACGUGCUCGAACAUGCUGUUGAAUGUGACUUCUUGGGGGUUGGAUUAGGUGUUGUGGUGAAGCAUUGACUUGGGGUUGUGGGGGAGGCUUCACAAGCAACAUCACUCCCUCAGAAGAGCGAAAAGCAGCUGCUGCCCCCCCCCACUGGCUCUCACUGCCUGCCCUGUGCCUGCAGGUCAUCAGAUACAAGGCCUUCCUCAGGGAUUUGCAGGCUGUGUUCAGAGAGCAUUCCCCACUCCCUACAGCAACAGGAGGAGAAAGCCAGGCCUAGAGAGAGGAGGCCCUUGAGGCAGAGGCUAUUGGGAGCUUCCUGAUGCUUCUCGGUCUCUGAAAGAGGGGAGCUCCUGUGUGGCCAAGCUGAAUGACAUCCCACUGGCUGGGGAGUCACCCCAUCACCGAGAUCUUACCUGUGCCUCAGACUGUUUGCUGCCGGCUGUCAGAAUCGUAUAGAAACUGGUGUGUGUUUUACCAAUUAACAGAUGCUAUAGCUUGGAGGACCGUGGGAGACUCUCAAAAUGAACUCCAAGGUUUCCUGGUCCCCAUCCCACCCUGGUGACGUAAGCGAGCUGCUUCAGAAAACACACGUGGCUCGCUGAAGACUGAAGGUGUGUGCGCAGGUGGUGUGUGGGGCAGGUGAGCCAGGCCUGGAGAACCACGGCUUGAUGACAGGGCACAGCAAACACAUCUGAGCUCCCUUGGAACUCGGGGACAAGGUACUUCCACCACAUGCAGAGGAGAUCAGCAGAGGCCGUCACUGCACUUAGUGGAAGGUCAGGGCUGAGGCCUCCUGCCUUUUUCCAGUCCACAGUCCCUGCAGCCCAGCUGCACGGGGAGAAGCUUCCUGUCCUCCUGUUGGGCCACUAAUCAUCCCCAGAGGGACCAACGUCCCCCAGGACAAAUGAGGCAACACUCACCCUCUCCAGGAACAUGAAGCAAACAGGGACACACAUGAAGGUGACACACUAGGAGGGAAUUGUGGGAAACAGCUCAAAAAAGUGAUGAUGCUCAAGAAGUUCUCCAAGGUGUCUGUCAUCUACAAACUGAAGAACCGGAAUGCUGGCAGUAUUCAAACCAGAGACGCUGGGAACCGGGAACACUGGCAGUAUUCAAACCAGAGACGCUGGGAACCGGGGUGGCCAGUAUGAAACCCCAAGCCAGGAGCACUAGGUUGGCUGUCUGUCCCAGGUCCAAUAAAUCUGCCCUCCCUCCAGUUUUGCUCCCUACCCACACUGGUCUACCGAAGGAAGCCACCAGCUUAGUGAGGAAGGGGUUUUUCUCUAACUCCUGAUUCAUAUGCCGGUAAUCUUUCCCAGGAUCCACCAUUACUGCCCUGCCAUACCAUAAGAAGCAUUUGGGGGUUCAACCCUGCCCAACUAAGAUGACAUAUCCCCUUAGCCAACCCACUUAAGGGCUUUGGGUUUAGUCUUAAAUCUUCUCAAGACCCAGAAAACAUUAGCAAUCUCAGGUUCUCCUAAGUCCUGCCUACAAUUCCUAAGAGACUUUUAGCAAUUGUCACCUCUGUGCCCAUCAACACUCUCCAGAAUGCCCCCCCACUGUGGCCACAUCAUGUCCAGUGUCCCCUGAGUAGGAGCAAGUACAGUACAAGCCAGGUCCCUCACUCUCAUGUCAAGUUCUCAUCCCAAAAAAAUAGCCCCCAAAGCCCUGGUACCUGGCAGAGACAGAGAGGGCCUAUGUCUCUCCAGUUUAAUUUGUGCUUGGUCCCACCCCUGGUAGAGCUUCACACCCGAGGCAACCUGAAGACCUCUAUGAAGGUGAGAGGAAAACCAAGCUGUCCCCUGGGUUCCAGAUCUCAGCCACCAUGUAAGACCUGGAACUGGAGGCACCCCAACAGGACACCCCGAAAGCCUUCCUGACUUGUGUUCCCGGCACCUCCUGGCACUUAGCUUGGCAGUAUCCACCUGAGGAAGGAGAACAACCUGCCCUGAGGGUCAGUGGCCAGCCAAGCCCUCCACUCGUGGGUGGCAACGGCAGGGCACAUUCUUUACCACUCAGAAUGGGCCUUUUGAUUGUCUGGGUCACUUGUACUGGUUCCAGGGCCUCUAGGCUGUGGCUACACCAUCCUUCUCACCCCGGCUCCCUCCCCAAUUCUCAGGUAGCACAACACAUGUCACGGUGGCUACUAGUGGUGACCGCUUUCCCAAACUCUGGCUCCCCCAGGGCAGUCUUCCCAAGGUCCUUCCUCACUUAGUGGUCACAGAUACUCAGGGGCCCAGCCCAAGAUGGAGACCUGGACCGCCUUUCCCCUCCUGACAUCUUUUAGUUUGGAACACACAGAUGAAAUAGAACCAAAAUACAAGCCCCAAAUCCUGAUUCAAGAGCUUUACUAGGGAGCCUGCUCGCUCCGGCCGGUCAGGCGUGGGAUGAACCCUAAACUGACACGUGGAGCUAAGUAUCUCCCAGAGCCUCCUCUCCUCCUACCCCUCAGCACAAAAAUAAGGGCCUAAAAUGAGUUGGGUCGUUCGACAGACAUCUACUGGGUACUUACUGUGUGCCAGACUUCUAGAAAAAAUUGACUGGGGAACAGUAUGAUACAACCUACCCAGUACAGCAGCCUUGCCCCAUGCCUGCUCGUCUACCACAUGGCCUGGAGGACGGACAGGAGGGCCAGUGCUUUCUUCUGGCCCUGGGACUAGUCUGGAGAGUGUGACCGACCUGGCUAGCAUUGUACAGCUUGCUUCACCAAAGGUGCACAGAGCGGUAGCCCAGCCCUGCUGUUCAAGCCUGCAGUGCCCGGCUGAUGCCAUUCAGACUGAGGCUGAAGGAUUUGCGAGGGAAAACAGCUGUCAAACACAGAAGCGGCACAGAUAGUGCCUCUCCAGGGUAUGCCAGCACCCUGUGGGCUUCGACCUUCUCAACCUAUCACAACUUUUACCAGUUUGGGGGGGACUCUUCAGGGUCCAGGUGAUGUGGCAUAGCUUGUGCUCCCCCCCCAUACCCUGUUUAGACAGCUCCCAACAGUGGGUGUUUUGCUGGCUGUGCCCUCCCCAGCCUGCACCCAGCCAUGCCAGCACACAGGCCUGGAUGGAAGCCCUGAAAGCCUGAACUCUUUCGACUCAACAGGGAGCAACAGAGGCCUGGGAAAUUCACAGUCCUUCAGCCAGACACUAAGCUGAACCCUCUCUGCCCAGGGCCCCCAGCCCUGUGACAAGGGUGGAGCAGAACCCAUGGUUCAGGGCUGGGCAUUUGACUCAGAGAGACCAAAGUGGCCUAAGUGAGCAGUGAGAAGCUAGAAGAACCAGUGUUGGCUCUGGUGAUGCCUGUCCUUUACACACACUCGGAGAAAGGAUGAACUUGGCUUCUCUUGGGUAGCAGGCAGGGUCCUCACCAUCCAGACCUGACCUGUCACCACCACCCACAACGCCUGCACUGACCCUCGGCCCUGCACAUGAGAGAGGCCCAGUGCAUGUCAGCACUUACAGGGGAAACAGCCGGACUUUCAAACAGAUCUGUCAGAGAGGUCAGAGCCAAGUGCACCCAGAAGCCAUCCACACUGCUCUAGAGACGGAUACCCUCCUGCGCCCCAGCCUUUGUCCAGCCUCCAAACAUACGCAGUCUAUCCAGGCUCUGCGUAGCAGCCCUGAGGCACACUGACCAAUAUCCAUGUAACCGCGUUUGCCUUCAGCUGCCUCAGAUAGUCAAAGCCUUUCUCUAUCAUGUUUCCCCCAUGCAUGUAAUUAAACACUUGUGGGAAUCACUUUAAUAAUAA